AAUCAAAGGAGGAAGUGGUCAUCAGUGACGGAGCUUCGGUCCCGCGAAGAUCGGGACACAUUUGUUUUUACCGUCAGUUUUCUUUCCUUCGCAUCAUGAGUAAAAGAAAAGCCAAAGAAGCACAUCUGCCUAUUGGGGAAUGCAUCGAUCAGGUUCAUCUGAUUUUAAGGAAGAGGUUUUGCCACCAGCAGCUUCCAGAUAAACUAGAAGGAGUGGAGGCCCAACACAAACACCUGGUGGAGCUGCUGAAGCGAACAGCGGUCCACGGGGAGAGCAACUCCGUUCUCAUUGUCGGCCCUAGAGGAGCUGGAAAAACCACGCUGCUGAGGAGUGUGCUGAGGGAGCUGUCAGAGGUAACAGAGGUGCAGAAAAACCUCCUGCAGGUUCACCUCAACGGUCUUCUGCAGACGGAUGACAGAAUAGCGCUGAAAGAGAUAACGAGGCAGCUGCACCUAGAGAACGUUGUCGGCGACAGAGUGUUUGGAAGCUUUGCAGAAAACUUGGCUUUCCUUCUGGAUGCGUUGAAAAAAGGGGAUCGCAGCAGCAGCCGUCCGGUCCUGUUCGUCCUGGACGAGUUCGACCUGUUCGCCCACCAUAAGAACCAGACCCUGCUCUACAACCUGUUUGACGUUUCCCAGUCUGCCCAGGCACCCAUCGCCGUGGUCGGCCUCACCUGCAGGCUGGAUGUGCUGGAACUGUUGGAGAAGCGGGUAAAGUCGCGGUUUUCCCACCGUCAGAUCCACCUGCUGAGCUCCCUGACCUUCCCUCAGUACGUGGCGCGGGUCCAAACCCAGCUCAGCCUGCCGGACGACUUCCCCGACGGAAAGUUUGUCCGGGAGUGGAACGCCGCCGUCGCUACUCUCUGUGAAGACAAGUCGGUAGAGGACGUCCUGCGAAGACACUUCAACUCUAGUAAGGACUUCCGCUCCUUGCACAUGCUGCUGAUGUUGUGCUUGAGCCGGGUCUCAGUUGCUAAACCAGUCAUCACACCGGCUGACCUCCUGGACGCCAGUCGCUCGUGUCUGGCCGACGCUCAGGCAAACAUGCUCCACGGUCUGUCCAUCUUGGAGCUGUGCCUGAUCAUCGCCAUGAAACACCUCAAUGACGUCUAUGAAGGAGAGCCGUUUAAUCUGCAGAUGGUUCACAAUGAGUUUAAGAAGUUCCUGCAGAGGAAGUCCAACUCCAUGUACAACUUUGAGCAGCCGGUCAUUAUGAAGGCGUUCGAGCACCUGCAGCAGCUGGAGCUCAUCCAACCGGCCGACAGCUCCUCGGCCAAAACCCAGAGGGAGUACCAGCUGAUGAGGCUCAUGCUGGACCACAGUCAGAUCAUGGAGGCGCUGCAGAAGUACCCUCAGUGCCCCACCGACCUCAAGCAGUGGGCCACAUCUGCUUUCGCUUAGACUCUGGAUGUCAUGUGCUUUGCUGCCAUGAGUUUGAAUGUUUCAA